GUUGGCGCCGGGUUCCUGCUGCUCCUGCAGAAGCUGGAAGAUGCCCGGAGCCAGGAGUCGCCGAUGAAGCCCAUCCCGAAACGGGUGCUGGGACACGCGUUCAUCUUUGCUGUCACGCACAAAGAGGAGAGGCCCUGGACCACGGCGAGGAGUCGGGCUGUGGCUCAGGAGGUGCUGGAGCGGCUGCUCCGGACUGCAGGCUGCGGGUCCGUGGAGGAAUUCCUGCAGGGAAAGGAGGGGGAUGAGGAUGGAAGAUUCGGAGAGGUGAUGGGGCUCCUGAAGCAGGAGUUAACCAAAGACACCUGGAAGUGUAACCCAGCCUCCAAGGACGUGUUCUCCUGGUCCCUGCUCCGUGUCAGCCGGCCCUGGCUGUGCCCGCACCUGGAGCGGGUCCUGCCGCCCGCGCUGCUCCUCUCCGACGACUUCCAGGAGGAGAACAAAGUGCUGGGCGUGCGCUGCCUGCACCACAUCGUCCUCAACGUGCCAGGAGCGGAUCUGUGCCAGUUCAACAGGGCCCAGGUGGUUUUCCAUGCCCUCUACAACCACCUGUACUCACGGGAGGCUCCUCUCAUCCAGGCGGUGCUG